ACCCUUUUGGGUUGAACUCAGCCAUAAAACCCACAGAAGGAAGAAGGAACGCAACAGAUAUUCGUGAAGGCGCUUUCCUUCGACAUGUACUUUUUAAAUACGGAUAUAGCUUAAGAAAACGGUUGUAGUUUAAUUAGCAAGAUGUAUAGACCUAAUUUGAUGUUUUUUGUUUUAUAUUUUUCACUAGAAUGUAUUUGCCGGAGCCAAAGCGACAUCUACUCCCUGAAUUACAUCUACACUGCCCUGUCAAAGCCACUAGAAUUGCCUGGUAUCCAUGAGUUCACUGCCAUGGGUCUGAUGAACAACAGACAGAUUGAUUACUAUGACAGUGUGUCAAAGAAGAAGAUUCCCAAACAGGACUGGAUGAGGGAGAAGCUGCCAGCAGACUACUGGGAAAAAGGCACUCAGUCACGCAAGAGCAAGGAGCAGUGGUUCAAAGUCAACGUCAACAUCCUGAUGGAUCGCAUGAUGCACAACAACACUGAUGUGCAUAUUCUUCAGUGGAAACAUGGCUGUGAGAUUGACCAACAGAGCGACGGCAAAGUGAAAUUCAUAAAGGGCACCGACCAAUACAGCUACGAUGGUGACGACUUCCUGGCCUUUGAUGAUGUCACUAUGCAGUGGGUGGCCCCCGUUGUUCAAGCUCAGAUGACUAAGAGGAAGUGGGACGGGGUGCAGAUCCUCAACCAGUACACCAAGGGCUACCUGGAGAAGGAGUGUGUGGACUGGCUGUCCAAAUUCAUGGAAUAUGGGGACAGUGAAUUCAUUAUGGCUGAUUCCCCUACAAAGGUCUAUGCAUUUGCUAAAAAGGCCAAAACUGCAGGACAUGUCCGACUGACCUGCAUGGCCACAGGUUUCUAUCCCAAAGAUGUGUUAAUGCAUAUUAAGAAGAAUGGUGUUACAUUAACCAAACAUGAUGGAGUGCAGUCUACAGGAGUCCUACCCAAUGAUGAUGACACCUACCAGAUCAGGAUGAGUGUGCAGAUCCCAGAGGCAGAUAAGGAAACUUAUGAAUGUUAUGUCGACCAUAGAACUUUGAAGGAUACAGUUGGGGGGAAAUGGGAUGGAGAAUGUUGUGAUUGCAGUAGUUUCGGUGCUGUAGUCAUUGGGUCAGUCAUCGCCAUUAUUGUAGUUCUGAUCUUGCUUUCGGGGGUCCUGUUUGUUCUGCACAAAAGAGGGACAAUUGUGAUUCCUGGCUUGAGAACUACAGCUACUGGCAAUGGAGUGGAAUUUUCUGGAGUGAACACUUUCGAGUAUGGUUGCUAGAUGACCAUUGGUGGCCAAACUUCCUGACCGGACCACGAAGGAACGUUAAUUAAUUUCAUAAUUUUAUAGGAUGGCUAUUGAUAACACUAUUCAGUUGCACGUUUUCAAUCUUAUAAGCUAGUGAUGGAAAUUAUAGUUACUUUGAUUCAAUGUGCUAAAAACUGCUGCAUUUAAUGGUUUUUGCUGUUCUUGAGUAAGUACUUGCUUCCAAAUAGAGACUCAUAAGUGGGGUGGUUAGGAACCGUUUGGGUCGUACAUUUCAUUGUUUUACUGUUACAGAGGAUGUUACUGUAUGGAGAGGCAUCUUUAAGGUAAUUGUAUCAUUCUUCAGGGAUUAUAACUAGACUUGUACUAGAUACUUGGGGUACUGAUGAUGAUGGGGUACUUGGGGUAUUUGUAAUAUCAUUUGUUAUGAUUUUUAUUUCAACCUAGGGCCCAUUUCAUAACCGUUCACUGGGUUACCAGGCUAAGACAAAGCUACACUCUUGAAUGAAUAUACAGUGGAGUUUCUUUUAAUAUCACAUUUUAAAAAUUGAUUUAUGGAGAACACAAAUAAUUCCAACAUGCAGCCUUGAAGGUCAAGACAAAAAUAUUGUUUUCUCUUAUGCCAGAAACCUAGUCAGUGUUUUUUAAUGAAUAGGGUCUCUCGUGUUAUGAACUCUACCUGUGGACUAAAUGCAUUCACCAAAUGAUUUAAUACAUUUUGCAUAGCAUUGCUGUUACUAUUUACUAAACCACUAUUUUACAAGGCUUAUUGCAUACAUGCAUGCCCACGGACGUACACACACGUACACAAUGUAUGUAACCUGUACUGCUUUUGAAACAUCCUGUAUGAUUUGUUAUUCUGAAAGAAAUAAUUAAAAAAAAUACUAAUAAAAGCCA